AUGGUUGUUAAACAGUUAAAGUGGUUGUUAGCUGAAUUGGCUCAGAAAGAAGAUGCCUCAAAUCUCUCGCUCACUCUCUCGCUUCAGCUCGUCACUGGUAGUGAUCCUGCUCUUCUUGCACAAUUUAUUCAGCAUAUGCAUACCGUGUUCUCCAUGAAGGAAUUGGGGACUGUGUCCUAUUUCUUGGGCAUCUCCGUUAAUGCCUUAUCUCAGGGUUACUUCUUAUCUCAAACUAAGUAUGCCACUGAGCUACUUCACAAAGCUGGUUUAACUGAUUGUAAACCUUGCUCCACUCCUUUAGCUGUGAAGGCUUCUUAUUCUCCUUCUUCUUCUUCAGAUGAGCUUCCAUUUUCUAAUCCUUCUUUGUAUAGGAGUAUUGUUGGUGGUCUCCAGUACCUCACUAUUACCAGACCUGAUUUAGCCUUAGCUGUUAACCAAGCAUGUCAGCAUAUGCAUCUGCCCACAAACGCUGAUUUUCACGCUGUUAAACGUUUGUUGAGAUAUGUAAAAGGUACUCUUCAUCAUGGGCUACACUUUACUGCUGGUCCCUUAUCUCUUCAUGCUUUUUCUGAUUCAAACUGGGCCGGUGAUAGUGUUGAUCGAAAGUCCACUUCAGAGUACAGAGCAUUAGCUAAUGCCACUGCUGAAUUAACCUGGCUGCAGCAAUUGUUAAAAGAUAUGCAUAUUUUUCCAUCUUCUGUUCCUGAGCUCUGGUGUGACAACAUUUCUGCAAUGGCAUUGACUUCUAAUCCAGUUUUCCAUUCACGCUCUAAACAUAUAGAAAUUGACUUCCAUUUUAUUCGGGAUAAAGUUGUUGCCAAAGUGAUUGCUUUGAAAUAUGUUCCUACAACAGAUCAAGUGGCUGACAUUUUCACCAAACCUCUUUCUACCUCUCGGUUUCUUUAUUUGAAAGACAAGCUUCUUGUGCAGCCUUGCCCCAUCAGCUUGCAGGGGAGUGCUAAGAUACAUCAGACACAGGUGCAGCAGCACUCACAGCAGCACUCACACACUUCAGUGCAGUCUCAGGUGCAGCUAGAGGCAGAGUCAAAGCUUCAGUCUCAGCUUAAUAAGAAGUCAGCAAUGAUAACUGAUUCAUCACAGCUGUAA